GGCGCGGGGAGCGGGGCUGCAGUUGGUGCUGAUCAACACGCCCCCGGGAGACCAGGACAAGGGGGAAAUGGGGCUGGGGGCCGUUCCUGGAAGACAGGCGGCCUUCCGAGAGGGGCUGGAGCAGGCUGUGCUGUACGCCAAGGCUCUGGGCUGUCCCAGUAUUCACCUGAUGGCUGGCCGAGUACCCCAGGGGGCCGAUCGAGCAGCAGUCAAGAGUGAGAUGGAGACAGUUUUUCUGGAGAACCUGAGGCAUGCAGCUGGGGUUUUGGCUCAGGAGAACCUCAUGGGACUGCUGGAGCCCAUUAACACCCGUAUCACUGACCCCCAGUACUUCCUGGAUACGCCACAGCAGGCGGCAGCCAUCUUACGAAAGGUUGGAAGACCCAACCUCCUAUUACAAAUGGACAUAUUCCACUGGCAGAUCAUGGAUGGGAACCUGACAGGAAAUAUCCGGGAGUUCCUGCCUAUCGUUGGGCAUGUACAGGUGGCACAGGUCCCAGGCCGAGGGGAGCCCAGCAGUCCUGGAGAACUGAACUUCCCCUAUCUGUUCCAACUGCUGGAGGAUGAAGGCUACAAAGGCUUUGUGGGCUGCGAGUAUCGGCCUCGAGGAAACACAGUAGAGGGCUUGAGUUGGCUACGUUCAUACUGGGAUAAGAGGGUCGCCCCCCAGCUGGCCAGUGAGGUCCUGCACACUACCCACAUGCCCCUCUGGAACAGUGAGUGAGCAUCCUGAGUUCAUCCAUCUCUGAAUUAAAGAUGACAUGCUGAAUGUU